AGAAAUUAAUAACGGCGAUAAAUGGUGUUGAGAUUUUGAGGUCACAGCGACGUGCAAUCAGCUUCUUCGAUACCGGCUAAUCUUUCGCUCUCUCGGAGACGGGGAGUUCCCUUUUUCUGUUUUUCAUCCUUUCACAGUUUCACCCAUCACCCUCCAAUUUCUUUUUCUCUUUCUUCUGCGGAAGAAUACAGAAAAGUGGAAACUCCGACAGGGACAGAGAAGAGGGAGGGACACUGUAAAAUACUCAACAUUUUUGGUGUAACCACUCUCCUUCUCUUCUCUUCUCUGUCCUUUUAUAUUCCGCUGUCGGUUUUUCUGUAUCUAUUCACUGCAUACAUUUUGGGUGGCCAUCAUUAGAAUCAAAUAUUUCCAACAUUUCCUGAUCUGGGUGUUCAUUUUUUUCUUGAUUUUAUUGAUGGCACUGUGCGGCCCCUCCCUGUUUCAACUCAAUAAACCAAAAAAAUUCCCAUUUUUAUUGACCCUUCUGUUCUCCUGUUCUUCCAUUGGAUUUUGAUUCCAACUGAAUUUUAAGGGUUGAGGAGUGAAUGCAUGAAAGGGGUGAUUUUUAUGAGAAAUGCCCUUGAGUGUUAGCUCAUAGAUGUUCUGAUCUAUCCAUUCAUUCCCCUUCUUGAAUUAGCCAGUAGGGGAUAGAAGAGAUUUUGAGUGGUGGUAAUACUUCAUUUGUGCAUUGGAAGAUGGAAGAGAGAAAUGUGCAGUCAGUGGGAAUCUUUUGUAAAAAGUCCUCCUUGACUUGUUUGUUCACAGUUACUUCCAUCUUCUGCUUCUUGUCUUGGUUUUCAAUGUUUCAAUCCUCUCAUCAGCCAUUUUCUUCUAUUGACCUUAGUAUAUCACCCAACUUUAACCCUCUGGCUGUAGUACAUGAUGAUCAAACCUUGGUAAGGAAUGAUUUUGAUGCUGGGAUGAUAGGAGUAGAAUCUAGUUGUAAGCAGCAACUAAAGGUGUUUAUGUAUGAUUUACCCCCAGAAUUUCACUUUGGGCUGCUGGGUUGGAAGGGGAAGAAGAGUGUAUGGCCAGAUAUUAGAACUGAGGUCCCACCAUAUCCAGGAGGGUUGAAUUUGCAGCACAGCAUAGAGUAUUGGUUGACAUUGGAUCUUUUGUAUUCUGAAUUUGCUAAUUUGAGUGGCCAAAGAAGCGCUCUAAGAGUGCUGAAUUCGAGCGAUGCUGAUGUAGUUUUCGUUCCAUUCUUUUCAUCUGUGUGCUAUAACCGGUUUUCUAGGCUGCAGCCAGACCAGAAAAUGAGCACAAAUGCUUUACUGCAACAACAAUUGGUCACUUUCUUAACAGCUCAAGAGGAAUGGAAGAGAUCUGGGGGGAAAGAUCAUGUCAUUCUCGCCCAUCAUCCUAAUAGCUUAUUAGAUGCGCGAACGAAGCUUUGGCCUGCAAUGUUCAUUCUUUCUGAUUUUGGAAGGUACCCUCCCAAUAUAGCAAACGUCGAGAAAGACAUAAUUGCGCCUUACAAGCAUGUUGUGAGGAACUAUAUCAAUGACUCAUCUGACUUUGAUAGCCGCCCAACUUUGCUGUAUUUCCAGGGAGCUAUAUACAGAAAAGAUGGUGGAUAUGUGCGGCAAGAGCUAUUCUAUCUGCUAAAAGACGAGAAAGAUGUACACUUCUCAUUCGGAAGCAUUCAAAAUGAUGGCAUAAACCAAGCCACGCUAGGGAUGCAGGCCUCCAAGUUCUGCCUCAACAUCGCGGGAGACACUCCCUCAUCGAACCGCCUCUUUGAUGCCAUCGCGAGUCAUUGCGUCCCCGUGAUCAUCAGCGACGAGAUAGAGCUUCCAUACGAGGACAUACUCGACUACUCAGAGUUCUGCAUUUUUGUUCGCACAGCAGACGCCCUCAAGGAGAAAUUCCUCAUAAACUUAAUCAGAAGCAUCGGAAAAGAAGAGUGGAGUAGGAUGUGGAUUAAGCUGAAAGAUGUUGAAAGACUGUUUGAGUAUCAGUUUCCUUCAGAAGAGAAGGAUGCUGUCCAAAUGAUCUGGGAAGCCAUUGCCAGGAAGCUCCCUGCUGCAAAAAUGAAGAUACACAGAAACUGGAGAUUUUCUCGAACUAAUGGCAGAUGACAAUGAUCAGCUCAUCUUGGUAUUCUUCAUGUAUUAUAUUAUUUAUUACUUGGAGCAUUGUUGGCA